AUGAAUAAGAAGAAAGCAAUAGCAUUCAAGGUCUCCACUAUACAGUCUUCGCCGAUCGAUGGCCAGAAGCCCGAAACUUCUGGCCUACGAAAGAAGGUGAAAGUUUUCAUGCAACCACAUUACUUGGAGAAUUUCGUUCAAUCAACAUUCAAUGCCCUCACAGCAGAAAAAGUGAGAGGUGCCACACUUGUUGUUUCUGGAGAUGGCCGUUAUUAUUCUAAAGAUGCCGUUCAGAUAAUUGUCAAAAUGGCAGCUGCCAAUGGGGUGAGGCGUGUUUGGGUUGGUCAGAAUUCGUUGCUUUCAACUCCUGCUGUCUCUGCUGUGAUUCGUGAAAGAGUUGGAGCAGAUGGAUCCAAGGAAACAGGCGCGUUUAUAUUAACAGCAAGUCACAAUCCAGGAGGCCCUGAUGAGGAUUUUGGGAUCAAAUAUAACAUGGAAAAUGGUGGUCCAGCUCCAGAAGGAAUCACGGAUAAGAUUUAUGAGAACACUAAAACAAUAAAGGAGUAUUUAACAUCUGAUGUUCCAGAUGUAGAUAUUUCUUCAAUUGGUGUUACUAGCUUUUCAGGCCCUGAAGGAAAAUUUGAUGUGGAAGUUUUUGACUCCGCAAGUGAUUAUGUAAAAUUGAUGAAGACUAUUUUUGACUUUCAGUCAAUCAAGAAGCUGAUAGCAAGUCCAAACUUCAGUUUUUGCUAUGAUGCACUACAUGGAGUUGCUGGUGCUUAUGCACAUCGCAUUUUUGUCGAGGAGCUUUGUGCACAAGAGUCUGCAUUGUUGAACUGUGUUCCUAAGGAAGACUUUGGAGGAGGGCAUCCAGAUCCCAAUCUCACAUAUGCGAAGGAGUUAGUUGCAAGGAUGGGCCUCGGAAAAUCCAACACUGAUGUUGACCCACCAGAAUUUGGGGCUGCUGCAGAUGGUGAUGCAGAUCGCAACAUGAUCCUUGGUAAAAGGUUCUUUGUUACCCCGUCAGAUUCUGUGGCUAUAAUUGCUGCAAAUGCAGUUGAAUCCAUCCCCUACUUCUCUUCUAGGCUGAAGGGAGUUGCCAGGAGCAUGCCAACGUCAGCUGCCCUUGAUGUUGUGGCGAAAAGUCUGAACUUGAAAUUUUUUGAGGUCCCAACAGGCUGGAAGUUCUUUGGUAACUUGAUGGAUGCUGGUUUAUGUUCUGUUUGUGGUGAAGAAAGUUUCGGAACUGGCUCUGAUCAUAUUCAAGAUAUAGUCCGCAAGCAUUGGGCUACUUAUGGUCGUCACUAUUAUACUCGUUAUGAUUAUGAGAAUGUUGAUGCAGGUGCAGCUAAAGAACUGAUGGCUAACUUGGUCAACCUCCAAUCAAAUGUUACUGUAGUUAAUGAGUAUGUCCUAUGA